CUAGCACAGUUAGCUGUGUGUCUGUUCGCCGUGCCAUGGUGUUGGCCUGGUCACGAGGUGCUAGCUUAGCUAAUGCUAGUCGGUAGAGCAGCAGUCGCCAUUUCAUUCACCGAGGGACCAGAACCACUGCAGCUUUAUACAGUAACGUGGAAGCUCCACAAUGGUGAAAAUCUUCAUCGGGAACUUGUCACCAGACACUACAUCAGAUGAACUCCGCUCUCUCUUCUCCCAAUAUGGCAAGAUUGGAGAAUGCAGUAUUGUCAAGAACUUUGGCUUUGUGCACAUGGAUAACAAAGCGGAGGCGGAAGAAGCCAUCAGUAACCUCCACCACUAUGAGCUAAAUGGCCAGCCUAUGAACGUAGAAUUAAGCCGGGGCAAGUCAAAAGGAUCCACUAAACUACAUGUUGGCAACAUUGCCUGCACCAACCAGGAGCUGAGGGCCAAGUUUGAAGAGUUUGGCUCUGUAUUGGAGUGUGACAUAGUAAAAAAUUAUGCAUUUGUUCACAUGGAUCGAAUGGAGGAUGCCAUGGAGGCCAUUAAUCAGUUAGACAACACUGCUUUUAAAGGCAAACUGAUGAGCGUGAAGCUUUCGACUAGCCGCCUGCGUACUGCGCCGGGAAUGGGAGACAGAUCGGGUUGUUAUCGUUGCGGGCAAGAAGGCCACUGGUCCAAAGAAUGCCCUCUAGACCAAAAUGGCUACCACAGAAACGGCUCAGAGCCAAACUCUGAUGGAUACGAAGCAUCGAGAUUUGACGGGCGUGCUCGCAACAGGGCUUAUCAUCCAGACUUCAGUGGCGAGCCAGAUUACGGUGGCGGCUACGCUCCUGUACAUGGUUUUUCCCGGGGUUCUGGUCACAGCAGCAGCAUGGCAGGGUACAGAAGGGGUUCGGGCUAUGAGAGUUCGAUGAGAUACGGGCCGCACCCAGGUUACGGCAUAAGCGCUGCUGCAGAACAUAGCAUGGCUCGGAUGUAUGGCAGUGAGGCGGCAUACAGGAGCAACGGCUCGCUCUAUGGCGCGGUACCACCCUACCCGAUGCGACGGUCGCCUUAUGAGGAAAGGGAUCCGUAUGGGGUGGUGGACUACUACGAGAAGUACAGGGCCAAUUCUUACGGAGGCAGUUAUUUCGAGGAACGUCGCGCCGCCCCCUUGCCUGCUCCAUCAGCAUCCUCCUCCACAGCUUUAAUGAGGGAGCGUCUGCCGCCCUCUAGCCUCGACCCAUACGAGUGCCCUCCCCUCCCUCCUCCUCCAGCCCCAGUCUCCUCAUACUAUGCACGUGACCGGAGUCCGAUUCGGAGAGUUCCUGUCGAGGCAGAUGGAUACGCAUAUGAGCGCUCGCGCCUUUCCCCGGUGCCCCCCCUGCCAAGAAGUUCUACCUAUGAACAUCCGCGGGAUCCGGGCGCUGAUCGGGCACGAUAUACAUAUUAACCCUUGUUCUUUACAGCCAGGUUAAAGCUGUCUGACAUUUAGAGGAUAGGAUAGCCUAAGUGCCAUUGGAAUCACAGAAAAUGAAACAAACGUUAUAUCUUAAUGGUAAUAUCAAAGGCAAGAGUCAGCCCUCUGUGUAUGGAGGCGUUUGGGUAGUCAGAAAACGGUUACUGUAACGCUUCCCAACUAUAAUAGCCAAUGAGUAGAUUUCAGUCUGAUUGGUUGAAUGCCCUCACAUGCUAUGAUCUCAUUCCAGGUAUUUCAAAAAGCAUUACAACUAAUGCUCAGCUGACCACGUUUCAUUGUCCUAUUUACAUGUUGUGCUAUUGGUGAUAUUGGGUUUUUCUGCAGCCUGAUUGACAUCUAUUCAUGAGACUGUAAGAACUGAAUUGUUGCCCCUUUGAAAGUAGCUAUAUGUUUCUAUACUAUUUAGACUCAGUUCAUUGAAAAAAGAUUAGUGCAUGGUGCAUGUUUUAAAGGUGAGUCUUAGUCACAUUCAGUAAAUUUAAUAUUUUUCCAGCAGCAUCUAAUGUGUUACUAUGUGCAUUUUAGUGUGUUUGUGUAAGUCCAUGUUGUUACUGCAUAUGUAAGCAAUGGCAAAACAAAUCUCAAUGCUGUAUGCUUCAUCACAAACAUUGUUUAACCUGUGAGCUUGUCACACCUGUACUUAAUCUGGACCUUCAUCUUCACAUCUUGAACAUAUGUUGGAGUUUUAUCAAGAAAAUGAUCUUUAUUGCCUUUGCUGUCUGUCUUGCUUUCUAACAAUGAGGUUAAAAUUAAAAUCUGUUUGUCUAAAGUCUGAA